CCACUUGCACUUCAUACGCACGCCACAUAGGCUCUCUCCCUCUCUCUCUUCUCUCUGCUCUCCAUAUAAACCCCUCCCCAGACCCCAACCCAAACCAAGCAGUUCCACAUCUUCCACGAUGGAGCACAUCCCUGCGCCGGCGGCCCAUCAAAGGCAAGGAAGGAUGAUGGUGAGCGGGGAUAUGUGGGCACAAUUAGGGUCCGGCAUAGCAGGCAUAAUGUUCAUGUAUGCCAUGUUUCAGCAAUACUUUCCUCGGCAGCUUACCGGUUUCAUCGGCUUUUACACCAACAAAUUGGUGGCCUUCGUCUACCCUUACCUUACUAUUUCUUUCGACGAAUACAGCGGCGAUCGCUUCAAGCGCAACGACGUCUACUCCGCCAUCGAGUCCUACCUCACCUUCAAUUCCACCAUGAGUGCUAAGCGCCUCAAAGCCGACAUCGACAAGAACUCUAAGAAUUUCGUACUCAGCAUGGACGAUAACGAGGAGGUCACCGACGAGUUCAACGGGGUUAAGCUUUGGUGGUCUUCCAACAACAGAUCCACCCCCACUCAGUCCUUCCCCUUCUAUUAUGCCCCUUCCGCUUCCGAGAGGCGCUUCUACAAGCUCACCUUCCAUCGGCGCCACCGCGACCUCAUCACCCGCUCCUACCUCAAUCAUGUCUUGGACCACGGCAAGGCCGUCCGCCUGCAAAACCGCCAGCGCAAGCUUUUCACCAACAACCCUAGCUCCAAUUGGUACGGCUACAAGAGUACGGUUUGGAAUCAUGUGGUGUUCGAGCAUCCGGCGACCUUCGACACGCUGGCGAUGGACCCCGUCAAGAAGCAAGAUAUCAUCGACGACCUCCUCACUUUCAGCAAAGGCAAGGAUUAUUACAAGAAGAUUGGCAAGGCAUGGAAGCGGGGAUAUCUACUCUACGGCCCUCCUGGGACCGGCAAGUCCACCAUGAUCGCCGCCAUGGCCAAUCUCUUGGAUUACGAUGUUUACGACGUCGAGCUGACGGCCGUCAAGAACAAUACGGAGCUGAGGAAGCUGUUGAUCGAGACCAGCAGCAAGUCCAUCAUUGUGAUCGAAGACAUCGAUUGCUCGCUCGACCUGACGGGACAGAGGAAGAAGAAAAAGGAGGAGGGAGACGACGACGAGAAGGACCGGCUUCCGAAGCCUCUCAAAGAAGAGGCCAGGGAAAAAGACAGCAAAGUUACUCUCUCUGGGCUUCUGAAUUUCAUCGACGGACUGUGGUCUGCCUGCGGUGGCGAGAGGCUCAUCGUCUUUACCACCAACCAUGUGGAGAAGCUGGAUCCGGCUCUCAUAAGGAAAGGUCGGAUGGACAAGCACAUCCAGUUAUCUUAUUGUUCGUAUGAAGCAUUCAAGAUUCUGGCCAAGAAUUAUUUGAACCUGGACUCCCACAGACUGUUCGGCACGAUUGGCAGGUUGUUGGAGGAGACCAAUAUGACCCCCGCCGAUGUCGCCGAGUGUUUGAUGCCUAAGACUAUCGGUGUAGAUGCUGACACUACUUGCUUGGAGAAUCUGAUCAAUGCUCUGGAGACUGCCAAGGAAGAAGCCAGGUUGAAGGCGGAAGAAGAAGAAGAAGAGGCCAAAAAGAAAGACGAGGCAUCGGCUAAAGAGAAAGACGAGGCAUCGGCUAAAGAGAAAGAAGAGUCGUCAAUCAAGGAAGAAAAUGGAAUUGUAGUUCAAGAGAAAGAGAAAGAGAAAGAGACCAACGAAAAAAAGCAGGAUUAGAGAAUCUCCGCGGCCGGCAGAGAAAAGAGAAAGAGAGAGACCAACGAAAAAAAGCAGGAUUAGAGAAUCUUCGCCGCCGGCAGAGAAAAGAGAAAGAGAAAGAGACCAAGGAAAAGAAAUGGGUAGCUUUGUUUCUUUUUUCUGGUUUUCUCCUUUCUGCAUAUAUAAUGUAAUGUAAUCCUCUGGAGUCUGGAGUUCAUCUUCUUGUAUGUACUUUUCCUUUUGAAAAGCUUCCCUGCAAGUCUGUCUUUACCCUUCAAAUCAUUCUCCAUUGUCGUCAUGGAGAUGGGAAAAUCGAGACUAGACAAACUGAUUUUGGCUUUUCUCUGUUUCGCUUUACCACUUUUUGACAAAAUUAGUCGUCGUCGUCGUCAUCCUCAUCAUAUGUAAGUUAUUCCCUAAUAAUAUCGGAUUGGCUCCAUGAGUUCUGUUCGGCAA